CAACGUCACUCGUGCACCGUCAUGUGGCCCUUACGUCAAUUACAUUUAGGUGAGCCUUCAAGGUCCUCAAGCAAUUAUUUGCACGAUAUCACUCGUCGAGUCCGUAAAUGUUACCUUUGCCUCUUGCAUUCUCAAUUGAAAGAGAGAAGAACUCCCUACAAUGUCCAGACUUUUCUUCUUACAAUCUUGGAUCGCCGAAAUGGCCGAUAGUGUUAGCAUGCACGGGGUCCCCUGGUACAACUUUACCAGCAAGACCUUAUUGAGGACCCUUGUCCUUUGUUUUUCGGUAUUUAUGGUUUGCUUCAUACCUUUCUUUAUCGUCAGUGAAGUGAUGAACUUCUCUCGAGAAACCAAGAUAUCCAAUUCAGUGGUCUUGAAAAAGGCGUCUAACUUGACAUUUCCGAACUUGACAUUGUGCCACCCAAAAUUCUUUAGCAGAGCGAAAAUGGAACGAUUUAACGUUAGCGAUGACCUUGCUAACUAUAUGGCCUUAGUUUUGGAUCCCGCGGUUGGGAGCUUUUAUUCGUUUUUGACAUCCCCUUCACGCCCCAUGCCUGGGUUUGCCGGAAAAGAAGACUUUGCCAAAAUGAAAGAUGAGUUGGAUCAAACCUUAGAGGAACACAAUCUGGACUUAUUACAACUCUUUUACGCAUUGGCUAUUGAUUGCGAUGGUUUUGUGGUCUAUUGUGAAAUAGGCCAAGACCGCUUGUUGGUCCGUGGAACGACCAACUCUCCACAUGUUCGCUUUUGUUGUGGAUCCUUUUUCAAUACCAAACCAACCUUUACCAACGCGGGCGUUUGCUAUACCAGUAAUGCUACCAUUGUAGGAAAGCAAGCCUCCUUCCAGGAUAGAAUCAAAGUUUGGGUAUCCAUGAACUAUAGAGAUACGCCAGAGUUUAAAAUGAAAUGGAAGGGGUCAGAUGCAGUGGAACGUCAUGGAUUAGUUUGGACACUCACAUACUUAGACAAUCCAGCUGUGCUAUUGAGUCAUGAUCUACACAGAAGCCAAACUGGGAUAACGACUUUGAUUGGGAUCAGAAGGGUCGAGACCGAUCGAUCCGACUUAAACUCGAUGAAUUCAUGUUUGGACUUCAAUGCCACAUUUGUCGAACUCUCUGGCAACCCAAGAACAAAGUACAAUUGCCAAGGCCUCUCAUCCCACUUCCGCCACCAGAACUGUUCAAUCGGAAAUUACUUUGGAUAUAAACCAUGGCCAGGAUUAAGACCCUGCAAGCCGGAUGACGUCAUUUCCAACCCAACCAUUGAUUUCUCCGAAUCAGUCAAUCAGAAUUCAAAUUGUUUCGAGGAAUGCCACAAAGUGUCUCACAAAUCUUCAGUGACCACUUCCGAGAUCGAUAUCAAUGCUUUUGACAAAAACAUCCACGUUGCCAACGAUCCAAACCAAAACAGCUUCACUGCUGGUGGAAAUGAGUCCUGUGGAAUAGUGGUAUAUUUCGAAUCAUUCGAUUAUCAAGUCAACGUCAUGACCCGAAGAACAUAUUUAGAUCUUUUCUCCCAAAUUGGAGGAACGAUUGGUUUGGCCAUUGGAGCUUCGAUGAUCACUUUGUUUGAGUUGACUUAUUUCUUCGGCAAGCUUCUCAAUAUUGUGUUCAAACAAUGCUUUGGGAGCUAUGACAAAGCGAGGGACGUACAACUCGGUGCCAAUCGAGUGAAGAGUGUUACCAAAUAAUUGAUAAACACUAGGUUUUGAUUUGGAUUUAGAAGUGGAAAAUAAAAAUGAAAACUGUUCAAUCGUUGGGAAUUCGCUCGAAGAAAAGUCAUUAAUUUCAGAUAAAUAUGGACAUGAACCAUUCAAAUAUAUUGCGCGAAUGCAUGAUGUCAGCCACUAGAGUAAGGAAUUUCAUCGACUAGCUCCCAGAUUACAAGGUUUUAGCUACCUUAACCACGCAAAGUCCCUCGAUAGCUUGGGUCAUCCGACCUGUAUGAUCAAUACCAUUAUUACACAAUUCACUUUCUUUUUAAUAUCUUUUGUUCUCUCAGACCUUAAAUACACUGCCUCACUGAUACGGACUUCAUUGCCUAUCGGAAUUUUUUUACGG